UGAAAUAAUAUUACUAUUUAUGAAAUUUAUUGAUUCGAUUGGAAAUGAUAUACUCCAAAUAUGUUCUAAGCUAAUGAAUCGUACUGCAGAAGACGUAUUAUUAGAUUUUUUAAGAUUAAGCAUGUUUUCUGAACGAGAUUUUUCAUUGGCACAGAAUUUCUAUAUAAGUAAAUAUAUAUAUGUUAAAGAAGCAUUUAUGAACAGUUUAAGACAACAUCUCGGCUUCCUUUUUCAGAGACUAGAAAGCAUAUUAAAGAGCACAUAUAAAAAGAGAGAUAUUAAUAUCCAAUUAAAAGAGAUAUUACCAUUUAAGAAGAACUUUUUAAAGUGGAUAUUGACAACAUAUAACACCACAUCAAAUGUUGUUAAUGAAUACUUUAAUUUUAUUCUUCAUCUACGAGUUAUCAUCGAUAUAUUCGAGGAAUCAUUUUCAAAUGGAAUGCCUCUUGGAUUUUCUAUGCAGGAUAUUGAAAUGAUCAAAGAAUUAUUUCAUUAUUUUGUGUAUUCCGGUUGUAUAUUCAAAAAAGAACAUUUGGAUAUUAUUCAAUUAUGUAAUGAUGAAGAUAUUUUAGAUCUAUUUUUUGAUCAUUUUAUCAUCGGAACAACACAGUCACAAAAAGAGUGGUUAG